AUGACAGCCCAGAUACUGGCAUCAGAACUUGGGAAUCUGAUCCAAGAAAGCAAAAGGAAGCACACGGAUCUGAGAAAUGCUGCAGAGAAGUCUCUUGAGGAGCUCAAGGCUCUACGAGCCACUUCAGAGGCUCAGAUAGCUGCUGAUCUCACUCAACGACCCAACUUCGUGACACCAUUUCUCAUAGCGUGCGGCACGAAAAAUGUCAAAUUCACGGGUAUUGCAAUCGUCUGCUUGCAACGCCUUGUGGUCUCACGUGCACUCCCAAGACCAAGGUUGAGGGAGGUGCUUGAGGCUUUCCGAGAAGCUACUUCGGCCGGACUUGAUGUCCAGCUCAAGAUCCUCCAAGCACUGCCUUCUAUGCUUCAGAAUUAUGCAGAUGAUUUGAAGGGUGAUUUGCUGGCUGCUGCGUUGAAUAUAUGCACCAUUUUGCAGGCUAGCAAGAAUGGAAUUGUCAAUAAUACGGCUGCUGCAACCUUGCAACAACUGGUUGUGUCAGUGUUUGACAAGGUGGUCGCUGAAGACAAAAUAGCUCUUGAAGUUCCGACAGUUGGUGAAGCUCCUACUGAAAAUGGAACGGUACAGCUUCGAGCUGCAGCUUUGGAUGCCUAUAGAGUUUUCAAUGAUCUGUGUCUUCUGACUGAAGCUCAAAAGCCACAGUUCCUCAAAUCGGCUGGAAUCCCUCAAACUUUCGGCCUGGAGUUGAUCGAAUCAGUACUGACCAACCAUGCUGAGAUUUUUCUUACGCAUCCGGAGCAAGCAAAUAUCCUCCGCGUAAGGGUAAUGCCAUUUAUCAUCAGCUCUCUUUCGCAGAAGCUGAACUUCGCUGUGACAGUCAGAAUUGUCAGAAUUCUUUACAGCUUGCUCAGACGGCAUCUAAGCAUCCUCCCAUCAGAGGGCGAGAUGGCUUUGGGUCUUCUCACUCACAUGUUGGAUCACGAUACUGCUCUAUGGAAGAGGUCCUUGUGCAUGGAGGUCCUGAAAGGAAUCUUUGCCGAAGCCGCACUUAUCAGACGCAUAUUCUCAAUGUAUGACGCUCAAGAUGGAAGGAAGGCAAUUCUCCGAGGUCUCGUAGCAGCAUUCGUCCGGAUAAGCACGGAAAAACCAGCUGUGAUUGGUCUAGGAGCUCAAUCCACAAUACCUGUUGCAAGGCAAGACAAUUCUGGAUCAGACCAAGCAAUGCUCGAAGCGAGUGGAGUUGCAGGUAUCAUAAGCAGCUCUGUUGGGUCGAAUGAACCAGCUUCUGGCAUCAGCACACAAUGGAGCACAAUGCGGGUACCUUGUAUUGAUCAGUUAGACAAGACGGAACCUCCAUCAGUCCCAGAAUCGUACAUCUAUAACCUCACUUUAGUCUGCAUCAGUGGGUUUUCGGAAGGCCUGGCUAAGUUCAUCUUACCCCUGACUGUCCCUGACAGGCCUCGGAAGAAAGGGCGACAAUCAGAGGUCGAAACCAAAGAUUCUGAUUCGACACCUGGAACCCCAGAGCCGAGGGCAAAGCUCGACAGGCGAUCUUCGAUCAAGAAAAAUCCUGUCCAUGUUAACCCCUUGACACUAACAGACCAUCCACUUUUCAACGAUGUCAAAAUCUGUGCUGGAAUCGUCGAUGAAUGCUGGCCCGCUAUUUUGGCUACCUGCUCGACCUUCUUGUACGCUGCCCUGGAUUCAGAGUACUAUCACGGUCUUGUCAGAUCAUUUCAGAAGUUCACUCAUGUGGCUGGGCUUCUGCGACUUUCUACUCCUAGAGAUGCUUUCUUGACGACACUGGGUAAAGCAGCAGUACCUCCGAAUCUAUUGACGGCUGUAAACCCCCCUGUAACACCACCUCCACCAGCUACGCCAACAGGCGAAAAGCCGAGCAUGUUUAGCAACGCGAAAGGUCUUCUAAGUGUGGAUAGCUUGGUUAGUCACGCCGGUAUGUCUGACCGGGGUCGCCAAUCAUCUGUCGAUGCGACUGCACCAUCCCUCAAUACUCGAAAUCUACUUUGCCUACGAGCUCUUCUCAACUUGGGCAUCGCUCUCGGCCCAACAUUAGAUGCCGCCUGGGUGAUUAUUCUUGGCACUCUUCAACAAGCCGAUUUAGUUCUCUUCUCUAGUACCAGGUCUGCCAGAACUCCCACAACAAGCCAAAAGCCGAAUAACCAAAGCGAAAACGAUGGGUCUUCACUCCUAGCUAAUUUUGGCACCGAAAUCAAAGCUGUAGAAACCGCUGCUUCCCGGCUUUUGGAGAGCACCAUCGAUUUCCCUAAUGAUGCAUUCGUGGAGGUCGUCACGGCACUGUGCGCUUUAUUUGGGAAAGAAGAGACUCCAAAAGCAGAGGGUUCAACCAUCUCCAGCCCACCAUCACCGAAUGCUCGGCGGCCAUCGAUUACCCAUCGUAGAAUCCAUAGCAUCAAUACUGCACCAUCAACGCAAAAUCAAGAAGACCUUUUUGCUCUGGCUAAACUUGGCGAUGUCGCGAGUUUCAACAUCGACCGAUUGAUGGUGUAUGACCCCUCAACCAGCGGCUGGGGCACUCUGACUUCGGAGUUGAUCGCAGCCGCGUGGUCUCCCUCUAGGCCAUCGUCAGUUAGGCUGAGAGCCGCUGAGAUACUUGUUCGACUAAUCCUCGAAGCGGCCACAACAACCCUUCCUAUGGCAGACGAUGAUCGAAGCCCCAUUCAACUCCGCUUACUCGAAACUCUUCAGUGGGCACUGAGUCCGUUGGAUUCCGAUGAACGUCGGACGUCAGUGUCUAGCCAUUCAACGGAUAUUGAUGCCCACAAGAUCGUUCUCGAAGGCCUGAAAAGCAUGUUGGAACAAUGUGGCGAGACGUUCACCAGUGGUUGGGAUAUUGCUUUUGACAUCAUCGGUAGUGUCUUCGUCGAAGACAAUUUCCGUGAUGAUGGAAGCAUCAAAGAGUCCAAAGCCACAACGACGCGAUCUCCACGACUUAUCCGAUCUUCAUUCAACUCUCUCCAGCUCAUCUGUUCUGAUUUCUUGUCCUCGCUUCCCAAUUCAUGCUUUAUAAUACUUGUCGAUACCCUUUACAAUUUCUGCACGCAAGAUGACGAUUUGAACAUCUCCUUAACUACUGUGACCUUCUUCUGGGUCUUAUCGGACUUCAUUUCUGGAAGGACGAGCGAGUUUACAUUGAGCCCGGAUCUCAUUCUGGGGUCAAGUGAGCCAGCUCUUGCUAAAUUAGCAUCUGGAGAUGAUCUAGCAGUAUCCGAUGCUGCGUUGUGGAUGCUUUUGCUGCUAAGAUUAGCCGCAGUGACAACAGACGAAAGGUUGGAGCUGAGGAAUAGUGCCAUUCAAACUUUACUCAGAAUAUUCGAUGCGUAUGGGCAUCAAUUGAGUCCUGAAGCUUGGUCGAUGUGUCUCCAAUCUGUGAUGUUCAACUUGCUGUCUUCGAUCGAAUCGCAGCUUGAAGAAAACAGCGAUCCUGGCUCUUCUAUAUCGGAGAAAGAUAGGACUGGCUGGAAUGAGACGACUGUCGUCGUUCUGAGUGGAAUCACAAAUCUUCUAGCAGAUUACCUGGAUGUUCUCUCGAGCCAUCCUACAUUUGCCAGAUCAUGGCAGACACUACUCGAUCACUUCAAUACUUUGCUCGACUUCAAAGUCCUGGAAAUCAAUACCGCUGUCUUCAAGGCUCUACAAAAGCUGCUCUCGAGAGGCAACCUUGAAGAAAAAUCUCAGACCAACUUCGAUCGAUCUGCCCUUGACUUGGCUUGGGGUCUCUGGUCACAAUCGCUACCUGUGAUCAAACCUGACCAUUCUGCCAAGCGAUUCGACAACCAGAACUAUUUGACGGCAUAUGUUUCAGCCUUUCCCGAGAUUUGCCGGCUCAUACAAGCCGAUCUUAGUGCUGAGCGAGUACGAACGAUUAUCACACUGCUUCGUGAAGCAAUACAGCAGGCAAGCGCAGCGGCGUAUUCGGCAGAUAUCGAGUACUUGACGCCAUUGCAAGCACAAGUCCUGGAAGCUCUGAGAAUGAUCCGUACAGAUAUCGGUGGUGUGCCAGCUGCGCUGAUCAGCCAGGUGGCAGAAUUCGUUGCAUUGGCUUUUGACCGGAAAGAGCCUUCAAGUUCUGAAGAGAAACGCCCGACUUAUGUUGCACUGUCCAAGGCUGCAAUGGCGGUGCUGGAGAAACUGAUAGUUUCUCACUCAUCCGAUCAUGAUAUUUACGCAAGCGGCGCUCUCUCGUCUUCACUCACUGCUCUCGCAAAACCAAUUGUCCUCAAAUACUCGUUUCCAAUCACUACGAAGAGUAUGUCUCCAUGGAAGCAGGCAACAACAUCGACCCUGGCUAUACUUGAGUCAAUAUUGCCAGUACUUACCAUUACCAAGUCUGGGUUUAAAGAUGAAGCAAUACGCUCCUUAUGGACUUCAAUAGUUACAAUCGGGAACGGCAUCACAACCGCAGAGAGUGAAGAUGCACCAGAAACAGUGAACAUCAAAGACGACGAAGCCUUCGAUAUUUCCGCCUUCCUCAAACUCCGCGAACUCAUAACACCAGCUCUAGGCUCUUCAAUAAUACCAGACAAGACUCGUCGAAUGUACACCGAAUCCCUCUUCCACACGUCACUCAUCCACACCCCCCAGCCACAAGAGUUACCACAACCAAAUCAGGAACUCCUUGCAACGCUCUACCAACAACGGAAAGGACGGACAGUCGAUCCAACACCUUCGCCAAGGUCAAAAAUGAGCUACGUCUGCUUUGACGAACUGAUCUCCCUCGUCACCGUCCGCGAUAGUUCAGAAGCCCGGAUCAAACUCGCGCAAGCCGCUGCUCCCUACCUGAUACUGCGGGCAGGUCUUACGCUCCGAGCUCAUAUCGCCGACCAGCCAUUAAGAGGUCGGAUGCCACAGCCGCUUUCCCAGAGAAGGGAGUUGCUUUAUAUUUUGAAAGCACUGGUGAAGUUGAGAUGCGAGCCGGAAGCUAUUCCUGCUGCGCCGGGAGUGGAGAGUGAAGAGAAGAAGCAUUUGCAUAGACUUUAUUCGCUGCUGGCUAAAGCGGUUAGGUCAGCGAGUAGGGAUCAAGAGGUGCUGGAAUGGUUUGGGAAGGCGCUUGACGAGGUUGGGAUGGAGUUUGGCGUUUAA